AUGAGCGUCAAAACCGCGCCAAAAAUUUCUCAACAAGAGAAAUUUGAACUAAUUAACUCGGAAGUGCGUUCGUUUUAUGAAUAUUGUAAGGAGGCAGGAAUUAGCGAUGAAGAGAUGGACAUCAUAUGCCGCCCUUUGACGAACGCUGUACGAAAGGCGUCAAUCAAAAGAUGGACCAGGGCUUUUCUACUUUUUGUGAUGAUACUGGCUAUUGGAUACACAGUUAUUCAAACGGACACAUUUCAAUGGCACGCCACAGCGAUUGCAAGAAUAACUCUGAUUAAGUUACUACCCAUCUGGGAUUGGACGCCGUUGUAUUACAAUAAGUGUUUGAUCGAAAGAUCGCAGCCACAAAAUUUGGACAGUGAUGUCGUCUCAACAGCGGAAUGCAUUACAUGUGAAGCAAUAAGAAACAUUGCUCGCGUGUCGGACACCAGUUAUAGUGAGGUAUUCAAUCAGCAGUUGGUCCGUGGCGCCCCCGUGGUAGUGACAGACGCACACUAUGACUGGGCCAUUUCCGACCUUAAUCUCACUAGCUUCAUUGGCGCCGACGACCGCCUGCGCGUCUCCGUGCCCUGCAGGAUCCUCACCAACAUACGCAUCGGCAAACAGCCCAUGGACUUAGAGGAAAUAGUCUCCAGGAUUACCAACGCCGAAAUACCGAGCUGGUUCGUUCAUUUCCAGAACUGCGAUAUCCGAGCGGUGAAAGCCUUUAGAGUCCUCGCUCCGAGACCCUACUUCCUCUCCCCCCACAUCCCUCCCUCCCACUUCAACUGGCUGCUGUUGUCCAAAAACUAUGACACGCAUAGAUAUAAGCAAUUGGAACUCGACAUAGGUCUGGUCAUAAUGUCUCAACUUAUGGGUAAGACAUACAUACAGUUACGUCCGAGAGCUCCUUGCGAGGAUAUAUGUUAUACAUUAAAUUUCCAAUUAAACCAAGGGGAAACGCUAGUUCUUAGCAAUUCUCUGUGGGAACUGGAAUAUUUCCCAGGAAAGGGGGAAAAUAUGGCCAUGAUCACAGAGACGGACUGGAUAGAAUCAUAA